GGGGAACAAACCUGCAUGAGUGAUUUCCUGCAUGUUUCUCUGAUCUGAAUGGCUUUGCUCUGGGAACGUCCAUUCAAACGAGAGUCAAGUUUCUUUCAGUAGCGCUUCCCAGUUCGCCCAAAUCCAUCAGAUCUGGAUGCACUGGCAGGCAGAUGUUUGUCUCUGCGUACAGUAGAAGUCAUGUUUUUUUGCAUUUGUGUGUUCUUGUGAUUAGCAGUGCUCUGUAAACCCCCGGAUAAAGAGGUCGCAGAUGUUCCCGCGCCGAUGACGAUGCUCCCGCCUCCGCCGAUCCCGCUGACCACGCCGUCCGUGGAGGAGCUGAUCCAGCAGAGCCAGUGGAACCUCCAGCAGCAGGAGCAACACCUGCUCAGCCUCAGACAGGCGCAAACGAUGGCCGCCAUCUCUCUGGCGAUGGAGCAGCAGAUGCAGAAACUGCUGGUGGAGACGCAGCUGGACAUGAACGAGUUCGACAACCUGCUCCAGCCCAUCAUAGACACCUGCACCAAAGACGCCAUGUUGGCUGGAAAGAACUGGAUGUUCAGUAACGCUAAGACCCCGCCGCACUGCGAGCUGAUGGCGUCGCAUCUCAGAAACCGCAUCACUGCGGACGAGGCACAUUUCGAGCUCCGCCUGCAUCUCAUCUAUCUGACCAAUUGCGUCCUGCAUCACUGUCAGAGGAAAAAUCAGAGGGAUCUUUUGGCGGCUCUACAGAAGGUCGUGGUUCCCAUUUACUGCACCAGUUUCCUGGCUGUAGAGGAAGACAAGCAGCAGAAAAUCACCCGCCUGCUGCUGCUCUGGGAGAAGAACGGUUACUUUGACGACGUCACCAUUCAGCAGCUUCAGAGUCCGGCUCUGGGCCUCGGACAGUAUCAGGCGUUGCUCAUCACGGAGUACACGCCGGUGGUGCAGCCCGUCCAGAUGGCCUUCCAGCAGCAGAUCCAGGUGCUGAAGACCCAGCACGAGGAGUUUGUGAACAAUCUGAAGCAGCAGCAGACGGUGGCAGUGACCUCUCUGCCUGGAGAUCUGAUGCCUCCAUUGGCCGGUUGGUUUGCUCCGCAGCACAGCAUGCCGGUGUGGAACCCGCAACAACCUCCACCAUUCGACCCGUCUCAAGCCCCGCCGCCCUGGCCGCCCUGGAACAGCCACAAGGGCAUGUGGAACGAGCAGCGGUACCCCAACUGGUGUGGCCCUUGGGACGGGGGCCCCGCAAGCCCCUGGAGCGGUCAGUUCGACCAGCCGCCGUGGAGCAGCCAGCCGGAUCAGCCGCCGCCAUGGGGCCAGAGGGAGCCUCCCUUCCGCAUGCAGCAUCCGCCGUUCAACCAGCCGCCGCCGCCACCACACAACUUCGGACGCUUUCCGCCGUGCUUCAUGCAGCACGAGUUUCCUCCGCGGCAUCACUUCGAACGGCCGCCAUAUCCACUGCACCAAUUCGACUACCCACAGGGAGACUUCCCAGGAGAGAUCAGUCCGCCCCCUGAUCACCACCCAAGCCAGAGGAUUCCUCCUCCUGGGAUAUCUGAUCAUCCUCCACGGGGCGGGAACCAGCAUCCUGAUUUGGGGCCGCCUCCUCACGACUUUAACAGUCAGGCGCCACACAAGCAGACCCCAACUCAUGUCAGUCAGGACGACUCCAGUCUGGUGCCCAAUGUGCCCUACUUCGACCUUCCCGCAGGACUCAUGGCGCCGCUUGUGAAGCUUGAAGAUCAUGAUUAUAAGCCUCUGGACCCAAAAGACAUCCGUCCGCUGCCCACAAAGCCUCCCAGUGACCGUCUGCUGGCUGCAGUGGAGGCGUUUUACAUCCUGCCGUCCCACGACAGACCCAGAAACAGUGAGGGUUGGGAACAGGGCGGUCUGUACGAGUUCCACCGGGCCAAAAUGAGAGAGAGGCGGAAAAAGGAACAGGACAAACGCAACAGCACCCGAGGGAGUCCUUCGCGCAGUCGGUCACGCAGUCGAGGACGAUCCACGUCACGCUCCAGCUCCAGGUCUUCCAAAUCCUCUCGCUCCAGAUCCAGAUCCCGCUCUCGUUCUCGCUCUAACUCCAGAUCUCGCUCUCGGCAUCCCAAAAAAAUAUCUGCUUUGACAUUGUUGUUGAACACAUUUUUGACACUCUCCCGGAGGAGCAGGAGUCACUCCAGAUCCAGGUCCCGAAGUCGCUCCCGCUCCAGAUCACGAUUUCCAGACAAGCGUCGUGAUGCUGCAAAUUCACGCAGUCCGACACCAGCGAGCAGGUGUCGCUCCAGAUCCAGGUCCCGAAGUCGCUCCCGCUCCAGAUCUCGCUCCAGAUCUCGAUCUCCAGAUAAGCGUUGUGACGCUGCAAAAUCACGCAGUCCGACACCACCGAGCAGGAGUCACUCCAGAUCCAGGUCCCGAAGUCGCUCCCGCUCCAGAUCUCGAUUUCCAGACAAGCGUCAUGACGCUGCAAAAUCACGCAGUCCGACCCCACCGAGUCACUCCAGGUCCAGGUCCCGAAGUCGCUCCAGAUCACGAUCUCCAGACAAGCGUCGUGACGCUGCAAAAUCACGCAGUCCGACACCACCCUCCACAUCUGGUUUGGGUUCAGGCCCUGCUGGGUCUGACCCACAGGAUCCCUCCAGCACAGAGUGAUCACCCAUCACACGUGGUCUGUAUUUUUACUGUAGAUGUCAUAAAGCUGUUUUUCACAUUUGUUUGGACGUUUUAUCUUGCCCUUGGUUCCUUUUUGUAGUAAAAUGCAUCAAAGCAUCAUAUUGUAACUCAGAGGUGUCAGUGUCAUCGCAAGCGUUUCCUUUGAUUAAUCUGAGACUCUGUACAAGCAAAAUAAAGACGCUUUAAAAAGGGCACAGUGUUUAUGUAAACAUUUUAUUUAUGCAUGAAUGAUUAAAGUAAAGCACGAUGAACAGAUACUGAAAAAUGCUGGUUUAUUUAGGCACGUUAUUGCAUGAACAAUGAUUGAAUUUUUUUUGGCUGUUUAUGAUUUGUGGACGAUGCAUCCAAAAC